CCUUUCGAGGCCAAUGCCAAUCAUUCCACAUCAAGAUGCGCUUCUGUCUGCUUUUCUUUUUGGCCCUGAGCUGCUGUCUGCUGCAAUCAUCCAUGGCUGCAGUUAGCUUGGUGCGCGGCCUGGAGUCCGCCGGUCACCAUCGCAACUCCACUGGCUCACCACCGCCGCGUGGUGCUCCUCCACCACCCCGCACCACCACCGCCAGCUCCUCGGGUUAAAUGGAUACCACAAAUCUAUAUAAAUACUGGCUUUUGCCCUUUGACGAUCCUUCAAAACGAACUCUAUUGUGAAUCCUAUAUCUAUGUAGUUCUUCAGCCUUAAAAUAAAAAAAAACUAUUCCAGCAAAAAAAAA